CGGCUCUUAUAAACAAAUCUAUUUAUUGCUUGGAUUACAACUGAUAUGCCCCAACAUGUAUCCUGUUAGCUCACAAAAGAGAUCCUGGACUUUUGCCAAUGAGGGGCAGUUGAUGGCAUUCCGCGUGGAGCAAAACCACAAGUACAUCGAGGAACAUGAGGAGGAGGUACAAGGAGGUGACUUGGAAGAGUACUUCUUGACACCGGCCGAGGAGCGCCUGUUGCUAAAGCAAUAUGAAAUAUACCUUUUCGAUUUCUGCCGUCGGUUUGAGCCGCAAAUGCCGAAGUGCGUGGUGGGCACAGCAUUUCACUAUUUCAAGCGGUUCUACCUUAACAACACACCGAUGGACUAUCAUCCCAAGGAGAUUCUAGCCACCUGCGUGUUUGUGGCCUGCAAAGUGGAAGAGUUUAACGUGUCCAUUAAUCAGUUUGUUAACAACAUCAAGGGCGAUCGCAACAAAGCCACAGACAUUGUCCUGUCCAAUGAAUUGCUACUAAUAGGACAACUCAACUACUACCUCACUAUACACAAUCCGUUCAGACCCAUCGAAGGGUUCCUUAUAGACAUUAAGACUCGAAGCAAUAUGCCAAAUCCGGAUCGCCUACGUCCGCAUAUCGAAACCUUCAUAGAUUCCACUUUCUACACAGACGCCUGCCUGCUGCACACGCCUUCCCAGAUAGGAUUAGCAGCGGUUCUGCAUGCUGCCAGCCGAGAACAGGAGAAUCUCGAUAGCUACGUCACUGAUCUUCUAUUUGUAGAUGCUCGGGAUAAGCUACCCGGUCUAAUUGAUGCCGUGAGAAAGAUUCGUAUAUUAGUGAAGCAAUACCAACAGCCUGAUCGAGAUCAAGUCAAAGCUAUUGAAAGAAAAUUAGAUAAGUGCCGCAAUCAGGCCAACAACCCGGAUAGUGAACUCUAUAAGGAGCGUCUACGUCGUUUGUACACCGAUGAGGAUGAUAUGCCCGCCGAAGAUGCUUCAUUCCACAUUGCCGAUGUGAGUUCCGAUACAUCCGCCAUGAAUAUAAGUCAGUAGACUAUCAAA